AUGUCAGCCUCAACACCCGUAGCGUACGACGGGGUAUCGGGUGUCGCCGACCCCGGCGGCGACUCGUUCAAUGACGACCUCAACAUUUACUACAGCGCCGGCGACUUCGCCUGGAUCAUGACCUCGUCUGCGCUCGUCCUCCUAAUGGUCCCAGGCGUCGGGUUCUUCUACAGUGGCCUUGCGCGGCGCAAGUCGGCGCUGGCGCUGAUCUGGCUGUCGAUGAUGUCCAUCGCAGUCGUCGGUUUCCAGUGGUUCUUCUGGGGUUACUCGCUCACCUUCUCGCAUACUGGCAGCGCAUACAUCGGCGAUCUCUCCAACUUCGGCCUGAUGAAGGUGCUCGGACAACCCAGUGUCGGCAGCACCAAGCUCCCGGAUAUCCUGUUCUGCCUCUACCAAGGCAUGUUCGCAGCCAUCACCCCUGCCCUUGCCAUCGGCGCUGCUGCAGACCGCGGCCGCAUGCUCCCCUGCCUGGUCUUUAUCUUCGUCUGGGCCACGAUCGUGUACGACCCGAUUGCGUACUGGACCUGGAACGCGAACGGCUGGUCCUUCAAGAUGGGUGGUCUCGACUUUGCCGGUGGCACUCCCGUUCACAUCAGCUCCGGCGCUGCCGCUCUCGCCUACUCGCUCAUGCUCGGCAAACGCACUGGCUACACGAAGGUUAACGGCCUGCCUUACCGUCCACACAACGUCACCCAUGUUGUUCUCGGCACCGUAUUCCUCUGGGUCGGCUGGUUCGGGUUCAACGGCGGCAGUGCGCUGGCUUCCAACAUGCGUGCUGUCAUGGCAUGCGUGGUCACACACAUUGCGGCGUGUGUGGGUGGUUUCACCUGGUGUCUGCUGGACUACCGGCUCGAGAAGAAGUGGAGCACUGUUGGUUUCUGCAGUGGUGUCAUUUCGGGUCUGGUCGCCAUCACGCCCGCUGCUGGGUUCGUGCCGCCCUGGUCGGCUGUCAUCUUUGGUGUUGUAGGCGGCAUCGUGUGCAACUUUGCGACGAAGCUCAAGUUUGUCCUCGGCGUUGACGAUGCUCUCGAUGUGUUUGCUGAGCAUGCCGUGGGUGGUAUCGCGGGUAACCUUCUGACCGGUCUUUUUGCUGCCAAUUACAUCGCCCAUCUCGACGGGUCCACCAAAAUUCCCGGCGGCUGGGUCAACCAAAACUACGUCCAGCUCGGCUACCAGCUCGCGGACAGUGUGGCCGGCUUCUCGUAUUCCUUUGUUCUGACCUGCGUCAUCCUGUUCAUCAUGAAUCUCAUUCCUGGCCUGUCGCUGCGUGUGAGCGCAGAGGAGGAGGAUAUUGGCCUCGAUGAUGGUCAGCUAGGGGAGUUCGCUUAUGACUAUGUCGAGAUUGCUCGCCAUAUCGAGGGGUCCAUGACGGGCGUGUCGGCUAGCCCGAGUCAUAGCAUCAAGGGUGUCCAUGUACCGGAGAAGACGGCUUGA